AUGCAAGGGACCAUCCGAUUGCUGGCCGGGGUUGCGAGACCGGGCUCUAGGUUGAAGCCAUCACCCUUGAAUUUAGAGCAGUUCUUAAUACGCCAGCGGGUUCUAAGCCUAUGGCGUGAUAUCCUGAGAUCAACCAAGCGGAUACCCAACUCAUCUACUAAACAUGAAUUACGAUCAUUUGCUCGUGGAGAGUUUGAGCGGCAUAGAAACGUCACGGAUGCGGGUCAUAUAAGAUAUCUACUUUCGACUGGGAAGACAGAGUUUGAUACUAUGAGACGGUAUAUUGACGAACAGAUCGUCUAG